CGAAUUUAUACUACGAGCAUAGCGAUACCAUACGAAAAAGAGAAUCACUGUGGGUGUAUAAAAGAUUGGAUCACGAUCGAAUAUAUAUAUAUAAAUAUUUAGUUAUACGCGCAUAUUAAAUAAAAAGAUAAAUAGAUAUGUAACACAAUAACAAAUAAUAACAUAAUUUAAAAACGUGCUUGCGAUUCGCAAAUAUAUCGAAGUAAACCUAACUUUAUAAAAUUAUUUACUUAUACGCUUUGAGAAAGUGUUUCAACAUGGUGUUUUACAUUCCAAUGUUUGGGCGUAAUUUUGAACCACCACAUAAAUCGAAUGAAGUGAAAAGUGUGGCUUGCAUUCAGGAUGAGCUUAAUAAUUUAGGGUUAGCGCCCCCGAAACUGCCAUAUAAAGCGGAUAUUAUAUCUCAUCAUCACAAUCAUCAUCAUCAACAUGAAUUACAAAUGAGUGAUAGUAGUGCGGAGAAUUCCUGCCAACACCGGUGGCCUCCCACCGGAGGAUCAUUCGCUCAUUCAGAGAAACCUAUAGGUUGGAUGUAUGGCUUAUUGGGCUGUAUGAAACCGGUGCUAUCCUUUAUUGGUAAGGCCGGCGUGAUAGAGAUUAAAAAUCAAAAAACCGAAGAUUGGGAGAUACCGUUCGAGGCCAUAACUGAUUUACAUUGGCUGGGUAGCGGAGCACAAGGAGCCGUCUUUAGUGGUCGUUUGAAAAAUGAAACAGUAGCCGUUAAAAAGGUGAAAGAUGUCAAAGAAACGGAUAUUAAACAUUUAAGAAAAUUAGAUCACGAGAAUAUCAUCAAAUUUAAAGGUGUUUGUACGCAAUCCCCGGUGUUUUGCAUUAUAAUGGAGUUCUGCCCUUUUGGACCAUUGCAGAAUAUUUUAAAGACCGAAAAAGUAAUGAAACCGUCCCGCCUAGUUUCUUGGUCGAAACAAAUCGCUUUGGGUAUGCAAUAUUUGCAUUCACAUAAAAUUAUUCAUCGGGAUCUGAAAAGUCCUAACAUACUAAUAAGUACAAACGAAACGGUCAAAAUCAGUGAUUUCGGCACCAGUCGUGAGUGGAACGAGAUCAGUACAAAAAUGAGUUUCGCUGGCACGGUGGCCUGGAUGGCUCCUGAGGUCAUACGCAAUGAGCCUUGCUCAGAAAAAGUAGACAUUUGGUCGUAUGGCGUGGUGCUUUGGGAGAUGCUAACGUGCGAGAUACCGUAUAAAGAUGUUGAUUCAUCAGCUAUUAUCUGGGGUGUCGGCAAUAAUGCAUUAAAGCUUCCUAUACCUUCUACUUGUCCUGAAGGUUUUAAACUUUUAAUUAACCUUUGCUGGCACGUUAAGCCACGUUGCCGUCCGUCGUUUCGUCACAUUUUGUCACACUUGGAAAUCGAUGGACCCAUACUUUUGCGCAAAUCUGAGAAAAAAUAUUUUGAAUCGCAACUUUCCUGGAAAGAAGAAGUGAGAUCUCACAUGAAAGAUAUGACACAGAAUCGCACCAGUAUUCAUAAAUUUGAACAAGACCUGAUAAGACGGCGUAGAGCCGAAUGGCGUCAUGCUCACGACAUACGUAUGGUCUAUGAGAGCAAAUUGGAGAAAACGAACCGUUUAUAUUUGGAAUUGAGUGAAUGUAUGUCGCAGAUACAAGAAAAAGAAAAAGAAAUAGCGGAGAGAGAAAAAAAGAUCCCCGGUUACAAGCAACCACGACGGUUUACGUUCCGCAAAUUUCAAAAUUGCCGCCGAAAACCUAUUAUUAAUUCCAUGAUGAUGGUCUCCAAUAAUUUAGGGCAGCAAUCGCAGCAGUUGCAUCAGCAGCAACAACAACAAUCAUCAACACCUGAUCCUGAAACUACUCCAGAUAGUCCUGUUAGAUGCGACCUCUAUGCUCAACUGGAUAGUUGCUCUCUCCAACCAAAAUCAUACUGUGUGAUUCCGCAAAAGAAUAAGAAGUCUACGCGCCAUCGAAGAAUCGGCUCGGGUGGUUUCGCGCCCGCCCCUAAAUACAGUCCUUGUCGCGAUCGUCGCUAUCAAAGUGAACCAGAAAACCGUAAAGUUCAACUGGUUGACACAGAAACUCAAACGGAUGCGAUGGAUGUCAGUGAAACAGAUUUCAGUCCAAGCGUUUGCUUUUCACCUCAUAAUAACCCUAUGCCUCUUGCACACUGCCCCGAAAUUUUUGAUCCACAGUCCCUUAACCAAAAAUCUUGCCGGCAAAUAAAUGAACCACGUACAGCUCCAGUUCAACAGGUCGACAAACUAAUACAACAACAACAACAACAACAGCAGCAACUUUACAACUCGUCCUCGCCAACAAUAACACCCACAAGUCCAAAUGGCAACUCAUUGCCUGCCUGCUCUAGUCCGGAUCAAUUAUUGGACGAUUUUAUGAACAGUAAUGAACGUCUCGACGAUUGUUGUAGUGACGAUGAAAAUCUAGAAAAUCUCGGCCGCAAGGUAAUCGAACUCAUCAAUGAAAAUCGUUUAUCGAUGCAAACAUUAUCACCAGCCACCGGUAUUAACACCACUACGAAUGCAAUUACAGUAAUAAAUAAUCAUCAGAUUACUACUAGAGGAAAUUCCAAUGUACAGUCGCCUGCGACAUUAUUGGAAAAUGGUAAUUCGCAAAUUAUACAAAAUGAUGAUUGCAUCAAAGGGCAUAGCGUGGAAAUGCUGUCACCACAUUUGUCGCUAUGUGCUGGCUUCCAUAGAAACUCUGGCCGACAGCAAACCAACAGUGAUGUAGUAACUGUUUCCAAUGCAAAUGGAGACUCUAAAGAAGACCUUUGUGAGGAUAGUUGGUCGGACGAAGAAGGUGAAGAUACCGACUACAAUUAUUCAUUGAAAAGGCGAAGUAUUGGACGCUUGCCAAUCGGCCGGGGUAUGCGUGCCAGACGAUGUUAUAAACCUCCAAACGCUCAAAAGAUUGCCAUACAUAAACGUAAUUCAGCCAUUAUAUCAGAUGAGGAAAACACAUCUGAGUACAGCCAUUCACCGUCCAGUCAACAUUCAACGCUCGAAAGUAACCCUGAUGUACCAGAAGCAUUACAAAAAAUGAAAGCUGCUGCUGCAGAAGUUAGUUCUAAUGACUCUUGUACGUCGCAGAUAAUACCGGAAAAUACUAUGAAAAAUAUUAGCGCAGAAGCAGGCGAUUCCGAGUCUGAGGCGAGUGAAACUGAAUCCGAAGAAGAUGAGUCAGAUGAAAUGCCGACAAUUUCCUCAGUUCAAAAUAGAGCACAGCAACAAGCGCAACAACAUAAAUCGCGUAAUCCAUUGUCUCAAUUAGUAAAACAUGGAAAUCCAUCUUCCUUUAACAAUAGUAAGAAGCAUUUAACGCCAUACAGUAGUAUGCAAAUUAAACAAACGACAACCAUUAACCAAAAUGAUGUUAUCUCUAUACCGACCUUUGAUAAAGACGGCACUGUUAAUAUGGUUUAAAUACACAUUAAAGAUAAAAAGGGGGAGUAAGAGAAGCGGU